AUGCGACGCGACCUGAGUGUCGCUCUGAUCUUUGGCGUAGGGGUCGCGCUCGCUGCUCCCCCAGUGCGUGACUCUGCGGAGCCGCACCUGCUCCGCGCCCGCAACAUCGUCGACGACAUCUCUGACUCCUACGACUUUGUCAUCGUCGGCGGGGGUCUCGCUGGCCUUGUGCUCGGCGCGCGUCUUUCGGAAGAUGCCAACCAUACCGUACUGGUCCUCGAGGCCGGCGGCACGGGAGAUGACUAUCGAGAGCGGAUAGACACUCCAGGAUAUGCGUACUAUGAGUCCCUCUGGCCGACAGAGUGUAACUGGGCGUUCACCACCAGCCCUCAGACCGGUGCGGGUAAUACCGAGAUGGUCUGGCCUCGGGGCAAGGUCCUUGGAGGUUGUUCCGCCAUCAAUGGAAUGUACUUGAACCGACCAGGCGAGAUCGAGAUCAAUGCUUGGAAAGACAUGCUUGGUGACAUGGACGGCGCUGAGAACUGGUCGUGGGACUCCUUCUUCGCGGCCAUGAAGAAGAGCGAGACUUUCAAUCCCCCCACUGACGAUAUGGCUGAAGAGGCUGACAUCACUUGGGAUGCGGCCAGCCACGGUACCCAGGGGCCCAUUCAUUACUCGUAUCCCGGCUACACGUUCCCUGAUGUUGGUCAAUGGUCGACGGCGGCGGAAAAUUGUGGCGUUGCCGACUCCCGAGACACGUAUGGCGGCGAGAACUGGGGGGCAUAUGUUGCGACCUCCGCCAUCAACCCGGCCAACUGGACGCGAUCGUACAGCAAAUCGGGAUAUCUAGAUCCUCUCCCGCCGCGGCCGAACUACGACGUCCUGGCCAACGCCCAUGUCACUCGCAUACUCUUCAACGCUUCUUCUCCGGCGGGCAAUUUAACGGCAAACGCCGUCGAGUAUGUACGCAACGGUGGUGAGGAGAAGUUGACCGUCAAGGUCAAGAAGGAGGUCAUCCUCGCAGGUGGCACGGUCGGCAGCCCUACUGUUCUGCUCUACAGCGGAGUUGGUCCCAAGGACGUCCUGUCCGCCGCCGGAGUUGAGCUCGUGUCCGAACUUCCUGGUGUCGGACAGCAUCUUCAAGAUCAUCUCAGCGUCUCCGUGCAGUGGAGCACGGAUCAGGCGACGGCGGGCUCUAUAUACGCUGAUGACGGCGCUGAGAAGAACGAUCCAGUCUUCCUCUCGUAUGUCAACUCUGCCGUAGCAUACGCGAACGCCACCGUUCUCUUCGGUGCCGGAGCUGGCGACCUCCAGAGCCAGAUCAUGGACCAGAUCAAUAAUUUCGUCCCCACUACGGGCGACACGGAUGUCAUAGCUGGCUACAAGGCAAUCUACAGCACAACCGCGAACGACAUCGUUGCCAGUCCCAUUGGCUUGGUCGAACUCUUAAUAGGUAACGACAUUGAUGGCGCCAUUCGCAUCGGAGCCGCUCUCCAGCAUCCGUUCAGCCACGGUCAGAUCUACAUCACCUCGUCGAACCCCUUGGACUACCCGGUUAUCAACCCCAAUUACCUGACACACCCCGCUGAUAUCCAGAUUUUGCGCGAGGGGAUCAAAUUGGCGCGUCGCAUAGGUGAGGCGGACCCGUUGAAAAGCAGCAUGUCGGAAGAGACGCUGCCUGGUUCCGACGUCCAGUCUGACGAGGACUGGGAGGACUACAUUCGCGGCAACAGUUUCACCGAGUUUCAUCCAUCGUCGACAUGUGCCAUGCUCCCUCUUGAACAAGGUGGCGUGGUCGACGCCAACCUCCGCGUAUACGGUCUAGCCAAUGUCCGUGUCGCCGACGCCAGCGUACCGCCUAUCUCUUUCUCCGCGCAUCUGAUGGGCCCAACAUAUGGGUUGGCUGAACAGGCGAGCACCCUGAUCCGCGCUUUUCAUAAUGCCCCAAUUGUGAAAACCUCUCACUCCAACUCGAAGAACAACACAAGCUCGAACAGCGGCUCGAAGACGAGCUCAAGUAGUACUUUGACCAGUGCUUCAAGUACUGGUUCAAGUCCUACAUCGAGUAGCGACUCGAAUGAUGCCAACGGCACCUCGUUGCUGCAUCCCGAGACACUCUUGUUCGCGAUCAUGGUGUACAUCUCUUCUACAUUACUGCUUUGA